UGCUGUCAACGUGCCGUGGUGCUAUAAUUUACCCUGAAGUGUCUCCUUAUCCACUCUUGUACAAUCCCUAUGUCCGCAAACAGGCUUCAAAAGGUCUCAAAGAUGUAUUUGAUUACAAUGAUAUGACAGGGUAAUUAUCGAGACAAAUUCAGAACUGAACUCCUCUGAUAUAUGAGUCAGGUCGUAAGGUGUUGGCAAUUACCUUCGUAUCCUGGUUUGGCAGGGUCUGUGGCACGCCCAUUAGCAAGCACAUCAUCUCUACAUACCUUACCAAAAUGACUCUCAGGGAGUCCCAGGAGGCCCCCAAAACCUUUAAUACUUUAAUGCUUUUCUGGGAGUAUUUAAAGAGACCACUGGCACCACUGUGGCAGUGUGCCACUGACAGACGCCGACAUUUAAGAAACCUCUGCAGGGUAAUAACUGAUAAAGAUGCCAACCAGUGAUCCCAAUACAACAAUCGUGCACGCAGCCGGCAGACAUGGAGCUAAAUCCAAACAUGCGGCUACUCCUACAGAAAAUAUCCCAGCCUAUGAGCCCAACAUCCCUGAGCCCACAUGCAGGGCUGACCUCCUAAAACACUGGAUCAACCUCUCCCUGGAUGACAAGACAGCCAACAAGAUGCUAUGGAUUACAGAAAGUGGGUCCAAGGUGUCACGCAUGACUGAUAAUGUCACUUGUCCUGUGCUGGAUAGACCAGAGAGAUAUGAGCAUGUCCCUCAGGUCCUUUGCAAAGAAGGCAUCCUGGAUUUCAGGGCUUACUGGGAAGUGAAAUAUUCAGGAUGGGUGGUUAUUGGAGUUGCCUAUGAAGGCGCCGCGAGGAGAGGAAGUGACGGGCAGAGCGGACUGGGAGAAAACGAACACUCCUGGGGCCUCGGGUGGGGUGGGUCCCACUACCAAGUCUGGUUCAAUGGCAGCAAUACAGACAUUUGGGAUGUUCCACAGUGCACCACUAUGGGGGUGUACCUUGAUCACCCAGCUGGUGUGAUGAACUUUUACGCAGUUGAAGAAGAGGGAGAAGGCGGCAACGGCAGGAAGGAGGUCCGACUGCUGCACCGUAUCAAGAGAACCUUCCAGGGGAGGAUGCUGGCUGGUUUCUGGGUAGGACAAAAGUCAUCGUGUGUGUUAGUUAAAAAAGAGGAGUAAAGUCAAACGCUUCACAUUGCCAUUGUCAUUCAUUUCCAAUAAAACUUCCUCUAUAAUACCUUUAUGUGUUUGCAACAUAAUUCAAAUAAAAAAAAAAAGAUUCACAGGCUAAGCAAUAUGGAAUCUUUGUAUAAAAAUGUGUAUUUAUUAAGCUGCUGUUUACUCAUUUUUAUUCUGUGUGGAUACAAGAUUUAUGUUAUGUAUAUUAGUGUUCUAUAUAUUGGAGUGGUGUACACAGUUUCUGUAUCUCUUGUAUGCAACUGAAUUUUUAAUUUAUAAAUGUGUGAAAUUUUAAUGUAUAAAUGUGUGAAAUUUUAAUUUAUAAAUGUGUUGUAUUAUCUUUAGUUAUGUGUAAAGCAACAAUGGACUAACCUGAACUGUUUAGAGGACACAAUAAACCAUGGGACAUCAA